AUGGCAAAGAAAAGAAAGGUGGCACUCACCCAGGGGGACCUAGAUUGCAGGGUGAACCGUUACUGCACUGUUAAAGGGGAAAAAAAAAAAAAGGGAAUACUUUUAUUUUUUUUUUUUGCAUACUUAACGAAAAGAAAAAAUAAAAUAAAGUUACUCAUACGAACUAAGCAAGGGGAGAGCGGCGUGGUGACUGGCCAGGUGAAGCUCCAAGGGGGGAACACCGACCAGGAGUUGACGAAUCAGUUUUGCGAAGAGGAGAGGCUGCCGGUAACCAGAGCUGAGGAGGACACGCUAAUCUGUGCGCCGACGGCGCGAGGCCCAAUGGAACAGCCGUCCAUGCCGCUGUGGCUCAGCACGUUCGAGGAGGACAUCGACACCUACAUCUUCAUUUCCUCGAGGGAUAACAAGCUUUACCUAGGAAUACUAAGGACGUACGAUCAACAUGGAAACAUAUUUCUAACGCACUGCGUUGAGAAAAUAAUAGUCCCCGAUCGGAACUGUUUUUCGGAUGUCUACGUUGGAAACCUCAUCAUCAGGGGAGACAACAUCGCCUACUUCGGCUCCGUGGACGAAGACAAAUACGCGAAGAUGUUCGAUUACUCGCAGCCAAAUAAGGGGGGAACCGAAGCGGAGGCAACCCCAGAAGGAGACUUGCCAAGGAGCCAAGGGCCCCUGCCCCCCGAAAAUGUCGUUCUACAGUACAAGCCAAUAAAUCAAAUUUUGGGUUACCUGCCAGAUAACAACCACGACUUUGCCGUUUUUGAGAAUUGAGAGUGCCAUCUGGAAGGUGAAAGCUAAAAUGGAAGAUGGGCGAUCGGGUGGGGGAAACACUCACAUUGGCAUGCGCCGAAAAGAGGAGAGUACCCCCCCUUUUGUGCCAUCAAAUUAGGAUUGUGUAACCCCACCCCAAAAGCUAGGAUCACAUCUGUUAGUUGACCCAUUUUACCCGCACUGUGUAGGUGACUACCAUGUGCACAUUUGCGUGGGGGAAAACGGCCAAGUUCCGCCAGCAUUUGACCCCAUUCGUGAGUUUCCCUUUAAAGCGCGGCAGGACGCACAGGCGAGCGGCCGCAUUUUAGUACCCUCUAUUUGGUGGCUUUCCUGUGUUGGCCCUCUUCUCUUCCGUUUGGGAGUUGCCCCAGUUGGGGAGUCAUCUUAGGAAGUCAUUUUGGGUUUCCCCUCCUUGCGCUGCCCCCCUUUUUUAUUUUUUUACGUCCGCUUAUCCUUCCCGCUGCCGCGUCUUCCCCUUUUUUUUGUGUCUCCUUCUUCGCUUCAUACAGCAGCUGUCCUAUUUUCUUAUGUGCUGUCUGUCUGUUUUUUUCUUUUCUUUUCUAUUCUGUUCUGCUUUACCCUUCCACCCCUCUCUUCACCUGCCUAACUUUUUGCGCCACCCAACUUAGACAUUUGGCGAAUUACGGAUAAGUAAUUUUUUCCCUCUUC